AUGGGUAUUAAGGGUCUUCAUGAUUUUUUAAAAUCUAUCACAAAAGACUGUUCUAUUGAAGAAUUUCACGGAAAAUGCCUUGGUAUAGAUGCAUCGUGUUAUUUGUACAAGGGGGCAUAUUCUUGCGCUAAAGAACUUGGCCUUGGAAUACCAACUACAAAGUAAGUAUUAUCUCAUUGUUUUCAAACUAACACAAUAUGAAUUGUGCUAUUAUGUAACGUAUGUUUGCCUGGUGCAUAUAAGCGAUAGUGUGAAUUCGAGUCGCUGAGUUGAUUGAAAUUUACAUAUAUUUUGUCAACGUUUUUUAAUAUAUUGAUUUCAUAUAAUCUAAAUGAAAUCCACUUUUAUACUUGUCCAUAUUACCGCAUUAAAAUAUGUAUGUAUGUAUGACGACAAACGACUGCAGCUACCACAAUAUCUAUCUUAAUAAUAUUUUUGUAAAAUAACUCGUAGCUUAUAGUAUGCCAAAAAUAUACACUAUUAAAUACUGCCUAUUAGCUGUACAAAAGUUGUCUUUAAUCUUUAUUUAAAAUAUAGGUAUACCAACUACAUAAUGGGGAAAAUUUCACUACGUCGUGUUCACAAUAUGAAACCAGUGAUUGUGUUCGAUGGACAGUAGUUACCAGCAAAAAGCCAAGUAAAUAGCCAACGUGACAGGUAUAUGUCAUUCCUAUUUCUUUCUCACUGUCACACAUUAUACUGCACCUUACAUUUUUCCUAUUUAUAUACAGUCAUGAUAUUGUUUUAUAUAAUAUUGUGUCCUAUAAAUCUAGGACAAGAAAUGAAUUUUUGGUAAAGGCCAAAGAGUUGUGGCAUUCUGGUGCUAAAGUAGAAGCAAUGACUUAUUUCCAGAAGGCCUUAAAACUAAAAUUCAGUAUGGUUCAAUCACUAAUAGAGAUUAAUUAAUUAGAGAUUAGUAAACAACGAAUGAUACCAUGUAUAUGUGGAAAUUGUUCUAUGGCAAACUCAAGGUUUACCAAUGAUGGGGAUUGGCUAUUAAAUACAGACCGUUGACUUCUGAGGUAGCCAGAAAAAAUACAUUUCUAUACAUGUGACUUAUUUUUAGACUUUGAAAGGAAUGGACAUUGAGUAUGUUGUUUCACCAUUUGAAGCAGAUGGUCAGUUGGCUUAUUUGGAGUCACAAGGUGUGAUUCAAGCAGUGAUAACUGAAGAUUCUGACUUACUUGCUUUUGGUUGUAAAGAGGUAAUAGUCAACUUAUACUGGGUAUGCAAAAGAUUUAGAAUAUUUAAUGUGUUCAUAAUACAUGUAUUUUCUGACAGGUCAUAUACAAGUUGGAUUUGAAUGGAAGGUGCAAAGUUACAAGACAAAAUGAUAUAAACAAGUACAUGGACAUCCGAGGCUUUAAAUUGAGUACCUUAGGUACAUGUGCAUCAUUACAGGUUGUGAUUACCUUAGCAACAUUCAUGGUGUCGGCAUUAAGAGGUUUAUUAUUAUACAGAAGUUUGCCAAAUCUAAAUUAAAGAUCGAAGAGGUAUUGGUUUCAUGACGUAUUCUCAACCAAUUUAAUAGCUAGUGUCCGAGACUAUCCCCUUGACCAACAUGAAGUGAUGACAGAAAUAAAAUAAUACUAUAGACAGAGUAAAUAAUCCAGCAUUUAAGACGAUUUAUUUUUAAUACUUUCGCUCUUACAGGCAUUACCAUGUAUGGGGUUGUUUAUUGGUGUCAAGUCAAUAAAAAUACCAGAUGAUUAAGUAGAAGAAUUUACAGUGGCAAAUCAUAAAUUUCUUCAUCAAUCUGUAUUUCAUAUAAAGACCAAGCAACAAGUUCCAUUACUUGAAAUCCCACAAAAUACUGUGAUUCAGAAUAAAGAAAACUUUUUGUAUCCUUUAUAAGUUAACCCAUUAAGCUGAAGAGCUUCCCCAUUGACAAGUAAAAUUGUCUGGCAUUAGACAAGUAAAAAACAUAAGUAGGGUGCACACUGGGGUGCGUUGCAGCUCAAUGGGUUAAUAACAAAUUGUUGCAGUGUUUAUAUAUAUAUAUAUAUAUUCCCUCCCCCUUUCAAGCCAUUGACUUCCUUUGAAUAAGCCAAUCACUUGUUUUACUAACUCCCCUUUUAAUUAGCCCUCCCCUUUUUUGUGGCUUAAAAUGUAUAAGCCUAUUAAGAGCAGGGGGUUUAGUGGAGGAAAUACAGUGUGUUUGUACUAUAAAUGCCAAUUAUUUGACUAGUGUUCUUAACCAUAAACUAUACAUAUGGAUAAUAUCCUGGAUUUGUGUCUUGGGCAUUAAUACUGAAACAGGCUUCAAAGUGAACAACUGUUCGCUGGAUAGUUUACAGGUAUUGCAUGUUUAAUUGCUAGUGUACAGACAUUGUACUAUUAAUGCAUGGUAUCUGUGUGGAAUAUUUUUGCCAUUAAUAUCAUGGUUUAUCAUUUACAAUCAUAACCAAUAAUACAUAUAAAACUACAUAUGGAACCCAAAACAAAGUUAGAAUUGUGGAGAAUUAGCAUGCUGUCUAUUAAUUUAUUUAGGGUUUAGGGACCUGGGAGAAUAUGGGGUGAGAAGUACAAUAAUGCAAGGAAUGUAGAUAGUAAGUAUUAUAUAAUACCUUAUUGAAUUCUGAUCGUUUAAUUGGCUGUUUAUGGUCACAUGAUAUUGAAUAGAAAAUUCCAUUUCCCAAGAAGAGUGGAAUGGAAUACGUUCCAUUGUACUAUACGUUUUAUUCCAUUGCACUCUGUGUUUUCGAUAAAUGGGCAUCCGUUAAAAUGCUUCUCAUAUGAAUCUAUUAGUCCAUUUUGGUAUUAUAUAAAACAAAUAAUGAAUGUUCAUUCGUGCAAUAGUAAGAGUAUUUUCAUUCGGUGAAAGAUGGAAUGUUCCAUUCAACUCAGCUGUCGCCUUGUUGAAUGGAACAUUCCAUCUUUCACCGAAUGAAAAUACUCUUACUAUUGCACUCAUAAACAUUCAUUAUUUGUAUAAUGUCAGUGCUGUCACAAGGCAAAUAUGUAUCACUACAUACAAUUUACUUUGUGUUUGUUGUGAUAGUCAAAACAUAUCUUUCUUGCAGCUGAUCAUGAACAAACUACACAACAUUCAAUGCUGAGAUUAAGGAUUGUAAGAAAAGGGGAUAAAGUUAUUUGGACCAUUCCUUGCUUUCCAGUCAUGGACAUAAGUUUUGGCAAAGUGACAUUUGAAGGCAAAGACAAAAUAUACCAUGGCUCAAUGAAACUUGCUGAUCUGGGAAAAAACUCUGAUUUGACAAAUGCAAAUAUUGUGUGUUGGAGAAGUUGUAACAUAGACAUUGAAGAUGUAACAUAUGUUGUGUUGUGGGAUUGGGAAUGA